GUUCUCCUUCUUAUAAAACCCUCUAUCUCUCUCAUCUUCCAUCAAAAAGCUAGCUUACAGUUUCUUCUUCUCAUUCCAACCACUGGUUUUGCCCAUUUCCUUCCUUUCCUGACUCGGGUCGAUGGCCGGAGAUGAGAAAAAAGCACGUAAUAUGGAGCAGACACCGACGUGGGCUGUGGCCGUGGUCUGUUUCGCUCUAGUGGUCGUUUCGAUAUUCAUUGAGCACAUCAUACACCUUGUUGAAAAGUGGCUAAAGAAGCGUCACAAACGCGCCUUGCAUGAAGCACUCGAAAAGAUCAAAGCCGAACUGAUGCUGCUAGGGUUUAUAUCAUUGCUACUAACGGUACUACAAGACCCGAUUGCAAAGAUAUGCGUACCUCAGAGUGUCGGUGACUCAUGGCAUCCAUGUAAGAAGAAGGGAUACGGGUCAAAAGGCACUGCCAAAUCUGGAAAGGAUUCGGAUGCAAUGGACCAGACCAAUGGAAGGAAACUCUUGUGGGGCCCACUCUCAAACGACGGUGGUGAUGCCCGGCGCAUUUUAGCGGCAGCAUACACUGACGGAUGCCCUCAGGGUAAAGUUGCAUUCGUUUCAACCUAUGCAAUCCAUCAGCUCCACAUAUUCAUCUUCGUGUUGGCGGUUGUUCAUGUGCUUUACUGUAUUAUCACCCUGUUUUUGGGUCGGGCCAAGAUGAGAAAAUGGAAAGUGUGGGAACAAGAAACCAAGACCGUGGAAUACCAGUUUUCGCAUGAUCCGGAGAGGUUUCGAUUCGCAAGGGAGACGUCCUUCGGACGACGACACUUGAACUUUUGGAGCAGAUCACCGGUUCUUAUCUGGAUUGUUUGUUUCUUCAGACAAUUCGUGAGGUCUGUUCCAAAAGUGGACUACUUAACCCUGAGACAUGGAUUUAUAAUGGCCCACUUGGCUCCGCAGAGCUCGACUAAAUUCGAUUUUCAGAAAUACAUCAAAAGAUCACUUGAAGAAGAUUUCAAAGUCGUCGUUGGGAUUAGCCCUAUAUUAUGGUUCUUCGCUGUGCUCUUCCUGAUGAGCAACGCACACGGAGGAUAUGCUUAUCUAUGGCUACCUUUCAUUCCUUUGAUCAUCAUUCUACUGGUGGGGACAAAGCUUCAGGUGAUAAUCACAAGGAUGGGGCUGCAGAUUCAAGACCGUGGUGAUGUCGUUAAGGGCGUCCCUGUUGUCCAACCCGCCGACAAACACUUCUGGUUCCAUCGGCCUCGGCUCGUACUCUUCCUCAUCAAUUUUAUUCUUUUUCAGAAUGCAUUUCAACUCGCCUUCUUCGCGUGGACUUGGUAUACAUUCGGACUCCGAUCUUGCUUCCAUGAGCAUUUGGAAGACGUGAUUAUCAGAAUAUCAAUGGGGGUCCUCAUACAAAUAUUGUGCAGCUAUGUGACACUCCCUCUCUAUGCGUUGGUAACACAGAUGGGUUCAAACAUGAAGCCCACCAUAUUCAAUGAAACAGUAGCUACAGCUCUAAGGAAAUGGCACCACACAGCUAGAAAGCACGUAAAGGCGAACCACAACCGGUCCGGGACUGUCACACCAACGUCUCCAAGGACACCAAGGACCCCCACCCACGGCUUCUCACCUGUCCAUCUCUUACGCAAUCACCGGAGCGAGGUCGACAGCCGAUUCUAUCACUCCGAUAAUGAACGUUCAGAUGCCGAAGGAUCACCCUCCCCAUCGCACCACACGUUUGAGGGCUCAUCUUACCAUCAACAUGGACAUUGGAGCCAGGCCGAACCGGAGAGAGAAAUGGAAGACUUUCCUAAACAGCCAACAGCGACGGGUCAACAUGAAAUCAAUGUACAUUCUGGUGAUUUCUCCUUUGCCAAGUGACGGCGAUGAUGAUUUUUAUGGAGCUUGGACUACAGCUUUCUUUCUAUGGAAAUUCACACCAUCGCCACCACCUUUCGUUGAUUCCAUGCAACAGCAAUUGCAUCAACGGCCACAGCAUGGAUGUGAAAUGGGCCCAUGCAAUGGUGCAACACAUUGGAUGACAUUUUAUGUAAUAUAAUAUGAUUGUGAUGCACUGAGCCAUCGUUUAUAUUGGAUGAAAGAUGGAAUGAUAUUUUUAAGAUGUUGUAUACA